AUGCCAGUCGAUUCAGUACUCCAGCUCAGUUGCAGCUGCAACCAAUACCCUUGGGGCAAGCAGGGUCGCGAUUCUAUUUCAGCACGUCUUUGCGAGAAGACUCCCGGUUGGGAUGGCGAGAAGGCCGACAAGGAGUUCAAGAUCGAUGACAGCAAGGCCUACGCCGAGAUGUGGAUGGGCACAUACCCCGUUCUUCCCUCAUACGUAAAGUCGACUAUGGAGGAUCUGCAAGACGUUAUCGACAAGAACGCUGAGCAGCUCAUUGGCAAGAAUGUCAUUGACAAGUUCGGCCACACCAACCUCCCUUUCCUGCCCAAGGUCCUGUCCAUCGCAAAGGCUCUUCCUCUCCAGCUCCACCCCAACAAGGAACUCGCCGCCAAGUUGCACAAGGAGGACCCUCAGAACUUCACCGACCCCAACCACAAGCCCGAGAUUGCUCUUGCUCUGUCCAAGUUCGAGGCCUUCUGCGGAUUCAAGCCCCUCGAUCGCAUCGAGCCUCUCUUCAAGAUCGACCCUCUCAAACAAUUUGUACCGGAGCACACCAAGUUCGACGAUGAGGUCCUUAAAAAGACUGUCAACUCUCUGCUCAAGGCCGAUGAGAAGACUGUUGGAUCCGUCGUUGAUGCUCUCACAAAGCUCGACAAGUCCAAAUUCGGCCAGGACACAUACAUCCCUGAACUUAUCCCCCGUCUGGCUGAGCAGUACGACAAAACUGACAACGGUAUCCUUGUUGCCCUCGUUACCAUGAACUACCUCGUCCUGCAAGCUGGUGAAGGUAUCUACAUCCCCGCUGAUGGUAUUCACGCCUACCUGGCCGGUGAUAUCAUUGAGUGCAUGGCACGCAGUGACAAUGUCCUCAAUACCGGCUUCUGUCCUCAGGCUGAGCGCAACUCUGCCGAUCUAUUCACAUCUACCCUCACAUUCAAGCCUCACGAUCCCGAGGCCUGCAUGCUUCGCGGCGAGUCCUAUGACCGCAGCAAGAGUGGCAAGACUCAAGUUUACAGACCUCCUAUGAGCGAGUUCAACAUGCUCGUGUCAACACUCGGCAAGGGCGAGAAGGAGACUCUUGGUGCUGUCAACGGUCCUAGCAUCCUCCUUGUGACUGAAGGUAAGGGCAAGUUCACGGCGAAGGGCACGUCCUAUGAUGUUUCAGAGGGUAAUGUUUUCUUCAUUGCUCAAGGUACUGAGCUUGAGAUUGAUGCCGAGAGUGGCCUUUUCUUGCACACCGCGUACUGCGAGUAA